AUAUUGUACAAACAAUAGAUAAAAAUGACUAAGAAUCUUCAAUGACCCUUGACGAUAAAACAGAACAAAAUUAAUGAACAAAGUUCGUAAAAGAGACACGAGAUGGCAGUAAUGGAGUACCAAUGUCGCCGCCAUGUUACAAUCAUCUUGGAACGAUCGCAAUUGAAUCUAACAACAAUAACAACAACAUGAAUUCAGCGAGCAAGGUGGGCGAAAUCUUUACCGCAGCCGGUGUAGCCUUCAACAAGCUGGGUGAACUCACAAUGCAACUGCACCCAACAUCAGACUCAUUAGCAGGUAAAUGGACUGAGGAGGACAUUGAGAUGCUCCGUCACUCAGUAAGGGCUUUCAGUGAAGAGUUGAACAGAAUAAGCGAGCACAUCAAGAGUCGGACGGUCUCUCAGAUACGAACCACUCUAAAGAAGAAGGCGUUCGAAGAAGCAGGAAUAUCUGUCAGGCAACAACAAAUUCUUCCUCAGCAGGCACAACAAUCGACAUUAGUUCAGCAACAGGUUGUUAAACAGCAGUCCACAUCGGGAAAUCAAAGUCUGAUAGGAAAAUCGGCGGAAGUAACGCUCAAUAUGCUCAAUGCACCUGAAACGGAAGUGGAUGUUGAAGGAUUGCCUGAGGAAUGUCAAGUGAAACUUGAAUUUGAAGAAGGUGCUACAGAAGAAGUUACUGGUUAGCUUUAUAUAGUUAACUUAUAUAGUUAACUUAUCAAUUAAGUUAACUAUAUAGUUAAUUUAUAUAGUUAACUUAUUAGUUAAGUUAGCUAAAUAAACAGCUAAGGACUUGACGAUACCAAGUUUUCUAUCAUCUGAUUGUUCAUCGAUGGUUCGAAUUUUAACUAGUUUUAAGCAUCUCAAUUGCAUAUAAGCUCAUAAGUUACCUUUUUAUAAUAAAUGUAUGAAAAUUUAAUGUCAUUGUUUUUACACGUGACGAAAUGGAUAUCCUUGGAUUCCUUGGACACAACU